CGACAGCCUUUCUCAUCAGCCAUUUUCCUUACCGCCCUACGUUAUACUCGAAUCCCAUCCGACGAUUGCAUCUCGAUGUAGCCUAUAUUCUGCCAAGACCAGAGUCUGGCUUCUCGAGUCCCCUCAAGACGAGGAUACGAUCUAAUGAGAGGAAUUCCUCUUCGGCACUCAGCCUUUGCUUUCCUUAUGAUUUGGUUUAAAAAUUUCGGCAGCUCGAAAGGCGGACGGCGAUCGCCGAUUGCAGGGAGAUUUGUUGAUACGGAAAGGUUUCCCUCCCGGAAAAAAACAAUUCUUGCGCGUCUCCUUGAUUCUUGUUUGUUGCCUUUCCCCUACCCACACCGAUCUCGCUGCGGUAGAGGGAGUGAGUGGGAGGAGGGGAUUGCUUACUUGGGGUGGAGAAAAGGGGUAAAGAUCGACGGGAAGAGGGGAGGGGGUGUGGCCCCAGAAGUUUCAGUCCGGCGGAAGAGAACAGCGCAGCAUAUUAGGCCUCCGAGAGGGAAAGCACAUUCGCAUUUGGCGGGUACCACGGCCCUUCACUUACUGUCUGUACCAUAGUCAUGUCAUAUUGAACGCUGAAAUCAUCCAAACUAAUACGGUAUAUGAAGGGUUUUGCUUGUUUCUUAUUAUCUCGUA